AUGAUGCUGACCGGCGCUCAGGACUUAUGUCAAUAUGAGAGACAGAAAGCGGAUUGCCAGCCCACGCGGGGUAGUUCUGGGGAGAGCACCGUGGAAGCCAGUGAUGACACUGAGAUGCGGCGCGUAUGUGCGAGACCCGGGCCCGGAAGCCAUAGUGGCCUCGCGGACGAGGUGCAAGACCUUGGAUACUCGAAUCAUGGCAACCACACCUCCAUGAGUUUGCUGCGGGCCACAGAUUUUCUCGAAGCUAGGGACACUGGCUUAACUGGCUCUUUGGUCUCGGAUCAGUCCCAUCUACGAACCGAUGCCGACCGAAAAUACAAAUCUUUAGUCCGGCAGCUCCCCUCGCAAGCCUGCAUCCAGAUCUUGACCCAGACUUUCUUUUCCAGUAUCAAUUGGCAGUACGACCUGAUCGACGAGCAGCCUUUUUGGAAACAGUUAGAAGCGUGGGGAACAAUAUCAUACUCCUCCCUCCGGACGGGAAUUGGCGAUUUGGCACCGGAAAUGCUUGUUUUCCCAGCAUUACUAGCUCAAGUGCUUGCCCAAGCGCUUCUAUUCCACCCUCCGCACGACGAGAGAAUCGGUUCUCUGAUGACCAUGGCUGAGAUGACAUUCCACGAUCUUGCAGCUGAAUACAGUGACGCAGGGGCCGAGAUACUCGAGACUCUCGGGAAGAAUAGUCUCAAAAUCGCGACAGUACAAGCACGUCUGCUACGGGCAUCCUUUCUGAAAAGUAGUGGCAAAGUUAUUGAAGCCUGGCAUACACUGGGCGCAACGAUUCGCGAUGGCCAGGAACUCGGCCUACACACUGGACAAGCGGUGUCGACGCCAUCACCAGAUGGGAUAAACACAAGUUUCACCGGCCAUCGACUUUGGGUGGUAUUGCAUAUCUGGGAUGUUCACAUGGCUGUGGUCCUCGGUCGGCCGACUGCCACCGAUCUUCAGAUUGAUCGUUUUGCUAGCACGAUACAGGACCCUGCAAUACGGAAAGACCUGUUCUAUCACUGGAAAACCGAGUCCGACAAACCUCGGCCUUUUGACAUUAUCCUUGCUGGAUAUCAUGUUGCAUAUCGAUACUUCAAGGAUAUCCACUCGAUGGAAGGGAACCGCGCGAACACCCAGGACUAUUUCUUGGUUGAACGUAUCCACGCUGAUAUCCAGAAAAACCUAGAGCUUUUACCAUCUUGGUGCCGCUUGAACAACCCAAACCUGAUGUUUGAUCAACUGCAGGGGUGCCAAUGGUUACCUGCUGCCCGGGAAGGAUUAUCGUCGCUCAUUCACCUCGUGGUUCUGACGCUUCACCGACCUUAUAUCUUCUCUGUCACCGAUAGUCGCACAGAAGCCCUCAAUGCUGGACUGUCUAUUCUAUCUACCCAGCAGCGUCUAUUUGAGCAGUCAGAGCCGCAUCACUGUAAAGUCUUCAACCCAGUGUACGCUUCAUUUGAUGCGAUUGUUCUCAUUGCAGCACUUUGUCUCGUGUUCCCCAGUGAGAACAUCGAAAGGCGGACAGAAUACAUCGAGGCUGUGGAGAGAGGCUCGAAACGUCUGGGUAUCAUCGCUGAAUCAUGUGCAACGGCGAAGUCGGCACAUAGUGUUGCCUGCGGCUUGUACCGUCGCCUCAGACAUAUAAACAGCGUCUCUGACACGCCCGAGGCUAGAGAUCCCCAGAAUUACUCAGAUAUGAUGUCUCUCAGCAACCAGACAGCUUCUUCCAAUGGAAUAUCCCCAGGGUUCUUAUUUGGCGGCGUGUCGCCUCCGCGUCCAACCCACGACCUUUUCUUUGAUCAUCUGUCGGGCCCACAGCUACCAUUUAUUGAUCAAACCCACGGAAUACCAUUUGACCCACUCACCGCGGAAACUACGGAGUGGAAUUUCGAAGGUGCUUUCUUAGCAGACAGCUUCUGGAGUCGGAUGAACGAACUCGAUCAUUAA